AGCGCCUAACCUCAGAUAACUCAGUGUGGGGCCAAGAAGACGCAUCCCUGGAUCUACUCCUAUCACCAUCACCAUCACCAGGAGGACACUUACCUCUCCCAGCACACAGAAUCCAAAUACUUGACUGAAAAUGCUUCUCCUAUUGCUUGGGAUCAUUAUUCUGCAUGUGGCAGCUCUGGUACUGCUUUUCGUGUCUACAAUUGUCAGCAGCUGGCUGGUCGGCACCAACUACUCGGCGGACUUGUGGCAGAACUGCACCGGGGGCGCCGGCAACACAUGGAACUGCCUCAACGCGUCCAGCAGCGAAUGGCUCCAGUCCGUCCAGGCCAUGAUGAUAUUGUCGAUCAUCUUCAGUGUCCUGUCCUUGUUUCUCUUCUUCUGCCAGCUGUUCACGCUUACAAAGGGUGGACGCUUCUACAUAACUGGAAUCUUCCAGCUUCUUGCAGCGCUGUGCAUAGUCGCCGGAGCCUCCAUCUUCACCGUGCGGCACACGGAUUGGCAUAAGGACUCGGCCAGCUUCGGAUUCGCCUACAUCCUGGCAUGGGUGGCCUUCCCGCUGGCCGCCAUCAGCGGCAUCAUCUACGUCAUCCUGAGGAAACGCGAAUAGGCCGCCCGGCCAAAAGCCGGGAUAAAAGAAGAACGAAAGAGAGAGAUAGAGAGAGAAAAAAAAGAAAAAAAGAAAAAACGCUGAAUACAAAGUCUAAAGGGGAUCCUAAAAGUAUCGAAUGAAAUAAAAAUAAAUAAAAAAAUCCAAAACAUUUCAACCUCCCCUCACCUAAAAUGAGAGAGGACGGUGGGGGAGGUUCCUUUGUUCAUUGAAGAUGUAAAUAGUAUCUGUGGUUUAAAAACCUAUUUAUAACACUUUUUACAUAUAUGUACAUAGUAUCGUUUGCUUAUUUUGACCUCCUAGCUUCCGUAAGCUAAAAAAACAAAAUGUAAAAAAAA